AUGCCUGCAGGUGUGACUGUCUGCACUGCCUACGGCGCGACUGCCACAUCGUUUCUCUCGCUGCUCCCUCGCGACAACGUUUCUUCUGCCGCUUCUGACGCUCAGGCCAAGCCUACGGUGUGGCAGGGAAGGACAAUCGUGAAAUACGUGGCCAAUCUGCAUCCUACCAAGUACAACGGGAAAGUGGUCGGUGACGCAGGAGCUUUUGGGAAAAUGGUGUUUAUGGCAGUUCUCUUCAACGUCCUACAGGGUGAUCUAUAA